CUUCUUCCCGGCAGCCCUAGCGCGACCCGGCGCUCCUCAAGAUGGCGGCCGACAGCGAGCCCGAGUCCGAGGUAUUUGAAAUCACGGACUUCACCACUGCCUCGGAAUGGGAAAGGUUUAUUUCCAAAGUUGAAGAGGUCUUGAAUGACUGGAAACUGAUUGGAAACUCUUUGGGAAAGCCACUUGAAAAGGGCAUAUUUACUUCUGGCACAUGGGAAGAGAAAUCAGAUGAAAUUUUCUUUGCUGACUUCAAGUUCACAAUCACUCAUCAUUAUCUUGUACAAGAGUCCACUGAUAAAGAAGGAAGGGAUGAAUUAUUAGAAGAUGUCAUUCCACAAUCUAUGCAAGAUUUGCUGUGCAUGAAUAAUGACUUUCCUCCAAGAGCCCAUUGCUUGGUAAGAUGGUAUGGUCUGCGUGAGUUUGUGGUAAUUGCCCCUGCUGCACACAGUGAUGCCGUUCUCAGUGAAUCUAAGUGCAACCUCCUUCUGAGUUCCGUUUCCAUUGCUUUAGGAAACACUGGCUGUCAGGUGCCACUCUUUGUGCAAAUUCAUCACAAAUGGCGAAGAAUGUACUUGGGAGAAUGUCAAGGUCCCGGUGUCCGAACUGAUUUUGAAAUGGUUCAUCUUCGUAAAGUGCCAAAUCAGUACACUCAUUUAUCAGGUCUGCUGGAUAUCUUCAAAUCAAAGAUUGGAUGUCCUUUAACUCCAUUGCCUCCAGUCAGUAUUGCUAUUCGAUUUACCUAUGUCCUUCAGGAUUGGCAGCAGUAUUUUUGGCCUCAGCAACCUCCAGAUAUAGAUGCCCUCGUAGGAGGAGAAGUUGGAGGCCUGGAGUUUGGCAAGUUACCAUUUGGUGCCUGUGAAGAUCCUAUUAGUGAACUCCAUUUAGCAACUACAUGGCCUCAUCUGACUGAAGGAAUCAUUGUGGAUAAUGAUGUUUAUUCUGAUUUGGAUCCUAUUCAAGCUCCCCAUUGGUCUGUUAGAGUUCGAAAAGCUGAUAAUCCACAGUGUUUGCUAGGUGAUUUUGUCACUGAAUUUUUUAAAAUUUGCCGACGAAAAGAGUCAACUGAUGAAAUUCUUGGGCGAUCCACAUUUGAAGAAGAAGGCAAAGAAAUUGCGGACAUAACUCACGCUUUGUCUAAGUUGACAGAGCCAACGCCAGUUCCAAUUCAUAAGUUAUCAGUCUCAAAUAUGGUACAUACUGCAAAGAAGAAAAUACGAAAACACAGAGGUGUGGAAGAGUCACCACUGAAUAAUGAUGUCCUCAAUACUAUUCUCUUGUUCUUAUUCCCUGAUGCUGCUUCUGAGAAACAAUUAGAUGGAACCACUUCAACUGACAAUAAUCCUCCACCAGAAGACUAUAGUCUCUACAAUCAGUUCAAAUCUGCACCAUCUGACAGCCUAACUUACAAACUGGCUUUGUGUCUUUGUAUGAUCAAUUUCUACCAUGGAGGGUUGAAAGGAGUAGCCCACCUCUGGCAGGAAUUUGUGCUAGAAAUGCGCUUCAGAUGGGAAAACAACUUUCUGAUACCAGGAUUAGCCAAUGGACCUCCAGAUCUAAGAUGCUGUUUACUACAUCAAAAACUACAGAUGUUAAAUUGUUGCAUUGAAAGAAAGAAGGCUCGUGAUGAGGGGAAAAAGACAAGUGCUUCAGAUAAUGUAACAAAUACAUAUCCAGGGGAUGCUGGAAAGGCUGGAGACCAGUUGGGGGCAGAUCAUCUAAAAGAUACUGAAAAGGAGAAAGGAGAAGUGGGAAAGUCUUGGGAUUCUUGGAGUGACAGCGAAGAAGAAUUUUUUGAAUGCCUAAGUGAUACUGAAGAACUCAAAGGAAAUGGACAAGAGAGUGGCAAGAAAGGAGGACCUAGGGAGAUGGCAAACUUAAAGCCAGAAGGACGACUCCACCAGCAUGGGAAGCUUACAUUGCUGCAUAAUGGAGAACCUCUGUACAUUCCAGUAACGCAGGAACCAGCACCUAUGACAGAAGAUCUGCUAGAAGAGCAGUCUGAGGUUCUAGCUAAAUUAGGUACAUCGGCAGAAGGGGCUCACCUUCGAGCACGCAUGCAGAGUGCCUGUCUGCUCUCAGAUAUGGAGUCUUUUAAGGCAGCUAACCCAGGUUGUUUUCUGGAAGAUUUUGUGCGGUGGUAUUCACCCCGGGAUUACAUUGAAGAGGAGGUGAUUGAUGAAAAGGGCAAUGUGAUUCUGAAAGGAGACCUAAGUGCCCGAAUGAAGAUCCCAAGCAACAUGUGGGUAGAAGCGUGGGAAACAGCUAAACCAAUUCCUGCUAGAAGGCAAAGGAGACUCUUUGAUGAUACCCGGGAAGCAGAAAAGGUGCUGCACUAUCUGGCCAUCCAGAAACCUGCAGACCUAGCUCGGCACCUGUUGCCUUGUGUGAUUCAUGCAGCUGUACUCAAGGUAAAGGAAGAAGAAAGUCUGGAAAAUAUUUCUUCGGUUAAGAAGAUUAUAAAGCAGAUAGUAUCCCAUUCCAGUAAAGUUCUGCACUUCCCCAAUCCAGAAGACAAGAAAUUGGAAGAAAUCAUCCAUCAAAUUACUAGUGUGGAAGCUAUAAUUGCUAGAGCCCGGUCACUAAAAGCCAAAUUUGGAACUGAGAAAUGUGAACAAGAAGAAGAAAAGGAAGAUCUUGAAAGAUUUGUGAGUUGCCUAUUGGAGCAGCCUGAAGUAUUGGUCACUGGUGCAGGAAGAGGACAUGCCGGCAGGAUCAUCCACAAGCUGUUCGUCAGUGCCCAGAGGGCUGCAGCCAUGGCUCUACCAGAGGAGGAAGUGAAGAGGAUGGGCUCCCCUGAGGAAAGAAGGCAGAACUCCGUGUCAGACUUCCCCCCUCCUGCUGGCCGGGAGCUCAUUUUGCGCACCACUGUGCCACGCCCUGCUCCCUACUCUAAAGCUCUGCCGCAGCGGAUGUACAGUGUUCUCACCAAAGAGGAUUUUAGGCUUGCGGGUGCCUUUUCAUCAGAUACCUCCUUCUUCUAAGUCUUCCGGCAUUACCUCAUCACUGGCAUAAGGAGACAGUGCUGCCUCCUACAAUAGGGCAGGUGAGCCAGGGAGAACCUGAGAGGUCAGGGAGAGGGCCCUGCUCAGUGAGUGAACAGGAGUCAUACCAGCACCUGAUCGACUUCAGAGGAGAUGGGAUUGAGCUAUUGAAAGAUUUCUGCCUCGGAGAAAUGGCCUUUGGUUUAUGGGGAGAAAAAUAAAACAGAAGCAGCAGGAGCUCUCUGCAUUCACUCUGGCAGGAUAACGUUCAUUUUAUUCUCUUUCAUGAUGCCCUCUAGGCUACUGCCUUGCCUUCAUAGUCUCUAUAAACACUUAAUGGUUAUAUUUACUAGUAUCAAGUAUACAAAAUAGAGUAUCUAUUAACUCAGAUUUCUGGAUAUUUUGGUGGUAGUUUCUAGUCCCAGAAUCUGUGUUUUUAAAAUAUUACAUGACAUUCUAUAUUGUUUAUUCAAUCACCUGGUGGUCAUCUUUAUUAUACUAAUAAACUUUUGAUGAGCAUUUUUAAUAUUCUAGGGGGAAGCGAAGAUUUUGCAUAGUUUCUGUUGUUCCAUGUAACUGUCACCUAAAUGUAUUCCUUCUGAUAAAACUGUAUAUUAAAUGUCACUGCACAUUGUUUUUUUAUAUAUCUUGUAAGAUUUUUUUUUUCCUACUUGCUUUUUCAUCACCAUAUAAGUUAAUUAGCCUGCAAAGUGCUGUCCUCCUUUUUCUUGCCGUAUAGAAGCAUGUGUUCCUUCUCUGUGGCUGCUGGCUGGGCCCUCUAUGUGAGGCGGUAGAAAUGAACACACGCAGGAAGUACAGCCUUGGUACAGAGGCUAUCAUGCAGCUAGUGUAAUUGGAUAUAUGUGCUAAUGUAAUGAAUAGAAUAUUAUUUUAAUGCUCUGUUUUGCUUUUGUAUUUUAGUUAAAAUGAUCUGUGGGGAUGGGUAAUAGCUAGUGUAAGCAUAGCAGCACCCUAUUUCUAGUUAUGUGAGGAUCAAGCCCUAGUAAGUAUGUGUGGCCCUGUGGCCUCUGUUUUAAUCUUAUUUUUAGGCCUAAAUUUUCCACUUUGAUGCAAAGUAAAAAAAAUGAUUAUAUGUAAAGCAUAAACAUUGCCUGUGUAACUUCAAAGAAUUGAUAGCGCUCUGCAGACCCUGUUAUAUUAUUUUUGUAAAAAUAUAUAUAUAUACACACAUAUACUACAUAUAUAGUAUGCUUAUACACACAUAAAUGUAUACAUAUAUAGGUGUCUCUCUCUCUCACACACACACACACACACACACACACACGAAGUAGAGGAGGCCCUGUUUGAUCUCGAGGCUUCACGAAGCCUUUCUCUGAGAUGCUGGACUUCACUGCUGCUGCUAAACCAUGCAGAUGCAGGCCUGAGGACUGAGUGCUGGACCAAGUAGAAGACAUUUCUUUCAAGGACAGAAUUUGUCUGCAUUCUAAUGAGGAAGUUAAUAACAAAAGAAAAAUUCUUCAAAGGAGUGGUUGGACUUUAAGAAGAUAUUUUGAAUUUAAUAAAAAGGAGCGUGUUGC